UAGAUAGUCAUUGUUCCAGUAUUCGUAUUCCAGUAUUGUUCGAGCGAUGUCCAGUCUGCCUAGAGGGUUUGGCCGCUUCCUCACUCCGGGAUCGGAACUCAACAACGAACUGAGCCAGAAGAUAGCGGUAUUCGAUGCCAUGACCAUUGAGCGAGAGGAGCUAGAUAACGAUAUCAGUCUAUUGCGCAAGCAGCAGGCUGAUACUGAAGAUCGUCUGGCCGAGGCUCUGGCCGAGGACGAGUUCCAGAGUUUCCUGAGUGGACAGCAAGUCGUGGCGCAGAGUUAUACAGACCUCGAAAAUAUUAUUAAUCAACAAAUUGGAUCCAUUGUCGAUAAGUUGGCUGCUAAAUAUGAGCGUAUUGUGUACCUCGAUAACGACCUAAGGAAGCUUAAGGAAUCUAUCGAGAAGGGUGUUGCUGCGGCCAAUGCGCAGUUGACAUCAGCGGCGUCCAUGUGAUUUAAUGGAGAAGUACUAAACCAAAUAUACAUAUCUGUGCGCGAGAGGCCAGAAGAGCUGCCUCCAGCAACUAACCAGCAAUUCGGACCACAAUUUAUGGAGGACAGGUCAUAUUCAGUUUCUUGUGAAAUAUAUACUUGAUUUAAUUGAUACCACCGAUGGCGUCAUAAAAAAUAAAUAAAUAACUGCAGUUUGGAUUUGAA